AUGUCUACUGAUGGAUGCCAACAAACAUCUGUAAGUUUUGCCGCAGAUCUCAUCACUCCAAGUCUAGGUCCUAUUUACAGCAUGCUCAUCACACAAGCUGGUCUACUUAAGCUACUGUACUCCCUGCUCCUCUUCAAUCAAGAAAACUCAAAACCGGAACGCAUUUCACCCACAGAGGAUGCCAACAACAUCUACAGUCACUACAAAUCGUUGUACUUGUCUACUGUUUUGACGAGAAAACAUCCAGCGUCAUCGACUACGAUGGCUCGGUCAUGUGCUACGCAUGCCGAAACGCCGUCUACCGAGACGAAUUUUGUUCUCCGUGACUACUUCAGGAUGGCGCAAACCGCGAGGUGGACAGCGCAUGACUUGAAAGGCGUGAAAGAGAUCACGAAUAGUUCGGGUGUUGUACGUCUCCCAGGAUGGGGUCCCCAUGACAUCUUCUCCUUGCUUGGCUGGAGACGUUGCAAGCAAUGGCGGCUAACCGAUGUCCGUUUAUUUCCAGAUUGUCUGAUUGGGCGGUUUGAGGUGUAA